AUGUCCCUAGAAAUCAGAGCGGAGGGUGAAUCACGCGGCACAAAGCGCAAGUCUUGUGAUGUGCGCCCACUAACGGAUAUUAGUUGUGAUACGUGUCGAAAGCAGAAGGAAAAAUGUGAAGGAGGUCCUCCCUGCUGGCGAUGUGAACGAUUGGGCCGUCCGUGUCGCUUUCAAGAACCGACAACUACGAAAAAGUCACCCUUUGUGUUUGUCAAACAGUCAGCCAAGCCAAGCCCAGAGAAGGGAGAUCAACAUGUCCAAAACUUGGAACACAUAGUACGGCAUUUCCUCGGCGACGUACCAUUAGAUGAGGAAAAUAUCGCUCGCGUUGCGGCGAAAUGCUUAUCAGAAAACAACGAUCCGGAGAGUCUGUUGAACGUCGAGGAGUCAUUUGACGUUCAAGUCGUCUCCAGAAAUGUCGCUUUCUAUUCCGGCGAGUUUUCGCAUUGGAAUUUUGCGGAGAAAUUGCGCCGAACAAUGCAAUCCCGCCGGCACACACUCAGCGACGGGGUCAAGGAAUACUGGCGUCCAACCCAUCUCCAAUCCUCCGCCCAUGUCGUCGCCGAAGCCAUAGCCCAGCUACCUCCGAGACCGAUCGCAGAAUUCUUGAUUUGUGUGUUUUUCAAAUACGAGGAAUUGAAUUCGUUCUAUCUAGAAAAGGGAUGGAUUCAAGGCAAACUGGACGCUUGCUACGACCCGGCGACCGAAUAUACUGUUAACGACAUUCCUUGGGUAUGCACCUUCUUCGCUGUCCUAGCGAUCGGCACUCAAAUGGCGCACAUGGAAGACGUCAAUGCCACCUCAAAUUCGAGUAGUCUGGAAGAGCUCACCGAUUGCUCGGAAGAUUCGGUGGGGUUAGUUUUCUACCACGUGGCAUCCAAGUUGGUUCCCGACGUUCUGUUGGCUGCCUCGUACCAAAGCGUACAGGCCUUUUUACUUCUUGCGGCUUGGUCCUUGCCUAUUUCUACCGGGGGUCUCUCGUACACUUACUUUGGUUUGUCCAUGAAAAUGGCAAUACAGAACGGCAUGCAUCGAAAAUAUGUCGGAAGAGACUGUGAUGGUCGAACGAUUGAGUUGAGGAACAGACUAUUUUGGACGGUUUAUUCCCUUGAAAAAAGAACGAGCAUCAUGCAUGGGCGCCCAGGUUCCUUAGCUCGAUCGGAAAUCAAUGCUGACCUACCGACCAACCAUCCUGCAUUCGACUCGCCCAAUUUCACCAAUAUGAUGACAUUCAUCAAAUUAGUCUCUUGGAUGGGCGAGGUGGCAGAGACUCUGAGGCUUCUAUUGGAGUACUCGGAGCGACUCCUCCAGUUAAGAACUAACAUCAGGAACUGGUGGAACUCCCUGUCCACGAAUAUCGAGUGCCGCGACUAUAGCCCCAAGGGGCCUUUGUUCCGGCAAAAUUCACACAUGAAACUUUGUUAUUUACUCAUCUAUAUCUAUAUGGGUCGCCCCUUCAUUUUUAAAGGCGGGACCAAGGAGAGACCCUCAGAUGAAGGUGGAAAUGGCGGGAGCGCUCGUCGUUCUGAGUUGGUGGAUGACUGUGUGCAAAGCGCUUUGGACAUCCUUGCGACAUUACAAUCACUCUCCGACAAUGUCGGUCUCUGUCGUGCAUCAUAUACGGAAUUCAGCUCUUGUCGAGCAGCCCUUUUAGUGAUUCUCGCCGAGAGCCUCAAUUCCGGGAGAUCUCCGAAGCUUCAAAGCAGCUUGAACCGUGGGAUGAUUUUGAUACGGCAGAUGUUGGGCGGAACCGCUUCUCAGUCAGAAAUUUCAUACAUUGAAUCGAUUGAAGCCGCUAUCCGCCAGCUAUCUUCAGGCGAUGAAGACCACGACGAUUCAGAAGCGAAUCCUGAGCAGAGUUUUGUAUCUGCUUACGCCAAAUUCAAGGACUGGACCCAGUCCAUGAAAAAAGAUAGAAGUGCCUCAAAUACUUUAGAGCUGGCCUCUUUCAGCCCUAUGUCCAAUCUCACGUCCGGGGGCGAGAGCGUGCUGCACUCAGAAAUCAACGACCUGAGUGAGCUAUUCAAUCCAGACUGGGCAACGAGUGAUCUAGGACUUGAUCCCGAAAUUUUCAUGGUCCCACGAGAUUGA